CAUGCAUACCCAAAGAUGGAGUCAAUAAACAAAACCAAUACAAAUAAAAAUACAUGCAUUUCCGGGUAGAUCCCUAUCCAAAAUGACAGAUUUAGAAGAGGAAAACCCUGAAUUUGACCUGAGAAGGGUUUACUGUGUGAUAAUAAUUGAUAUUACGGCUUCAUUUUAACAAUAGUUUCUAAAGAGAGGAAUUCAAACUGGGAAUGAACUUAUUUGAAAGGAGAAAGUAUAAUUGGCCAACAGUGAUUUAGAAAUUCUAUGUGUAACCGUAUAUCUAAAUAUGUACUUAUAUAAAAAUACUAAGUACAGGAACAUUUCUGUAUAUAAAAUGCGUUGAAAAUGGAAGUAUGAAACUGAGGACAAGAUAUUUAGGAGGAAGUUUGUUUUUUGUUGUAUUAUUUUUGACAACGGAGUUUUAUUUAUUGUCUGGAAGAUAUCAAAGUAUAUACAGAAAAAUAAUUAACAUACGAGGGACUUAUCAACAUUCUUCCAAAUCGUCAAAUAUAAAUGAUGAUCUUUCCUUCGGAAACAUAACCGUUUCCAUAACAGCUGAGCAGUUCCGAUUGAUUCCAAACAUCAUAACUGGGAAUCCUCUUAUAGACGAAUAUGGGGAUAAUGAUUUAAACCGUUUAGGAGAAAAUGGAAGAGCUGUUAUGUCAACGGAGAAGGAGCAACUUAAUAUAUCUGACAUACUGGAAAAAUAUAGAUUAAAUAUUAUAGCUAGUGACUUAGUUCCUUUAAACCGAAUGGUUCCAGAUUCUAGACCACCAGGAUGUAAAAACAUAAUAUAUAGUAAUGAUUUACCAAAAACCAGUAUUAUUAUCCCGUUUUACGACGAAUGGCCGUCGAUAUUAAUACGCACUGUAUAUAGUAUUAUCAACAGAACCCCAAGACAUCUUCUACAGGAGAUAAUAUUGGUUGAUGACAACAGUCCGUUGGUUGAACUAAAAUCUCUGCUAGACAACUAUAUCAAUAAAAAGUUUCCAAAGGGUUUAGUAAAACUGAUACGAAAUCCUACACGUGAGGGAUUAAUAAAGGCGAGGAUUAAAGGAUGGAAACAAUCAACGGGGGAGGUAGUUGUCUUCUUUGACAGCCAUAUGGAGGUUAAUAUAAACUGGUUACAACCGUUACUGACUGCUGUAAAGAAAGAUAGAAAAACAAUAGCUAUGGGUAUGCUGGAUUAUAUAAACAGUAGAACACUGGAGUAUGCACAUUAUCCGGGUUACUUUACCAGAUAUGGGUUUGAUUGGCGAUUGGUAUUCUUUGAAACGUUUUUCAGACCAGACCAAAUUGGUUCAAACAUAGAAGACCCUAGACCUGGUGUUGUCAUGGUUGGUCCGGCUUAUGCAGUUGAUAGUAAAUAUUUUGGUGAAAUUGGUGCAUAUGAUGAAGGAAUGAAGAUAUGGGGAGGUGAAAACCUAGAAUUUCCAUGGCGGGUGUGGAUGUGUGGAGGUCAUUUAUUACAUUUUCCAUGUUCACGUCUCGGACACAUCGCUCGGUUUCAGCCAUAUUCGUUUCCUGGCGGAAGAAGACAUAUUGAGGCAUAUAAUUAUAAAAGAGCUAUGGAUGUUUGGAUGGAACCAAGCCAUAAAAAAAUUGUUUACGACCACUAUCCUGAAAUGGAGAACAUGGAUGUAGGAGACUUGACAGAAAGAUUAGCAAUAAAGGAAAAAUUACAAUGUAAAAACUUCACAUGGUUUUUAACAAAUAUCUGGCCAGAGCUCACAAUAUUUGACAGAGAUGCUUUAGCUUGGGGUUCUAUACGAAAUAUAAAUCAUAAUAAGUGCUUAGACAACCACGAAUACCUAUUUCAAGCUGAAGAACUAAUGUAUACAGAAUUAUGCUCUCAUCAACUUGCAACUCAGGGAUUUUCUUGGACUAAAGACCUUUUGCUACGAACUUCUCUUCAAUGUGUGGUUGUAAAAGAAAGUACAAAUGGUACUAAACCGAAAUUACAAGAUUGUAUAAUCGGUUCACGAGAUAAAUGGCAACAUGAGAAGAAUGGAUAUCUUAUGCAUGUUAAAAGUGGUUUUUGUAUGAACUAUGAUGGAUUUAAUCUCUUUAUGGACAAAUGUGAUACAACAUCUCGUCAUCAAAAAUGGAGUUUUCAACAUUACAAUAUUUAAUUGCCAUAUAGAUGAUACUGGUAGCUUAUAUGUAUGUUUUUUUUUAAAUGAUCUCAUGUUCAAUAUUUCCAUGAAACUGAAACUUAUUGUAGAGAAGUUUUUACACAAUAAAGUCGCAGUUUAGUCUU